AUGGCGGUGCGACAGGCGCUGGGCCGGGGCCUGCAGCUGGGCCGAGCGCUGCUCCUGCGCUUCACGGCCAAGCCCGGCCCGGCCUACGGCUGGGGCCGGCCGGAGCGGCCGGGCCCCGCGGCGGGCCGGGGCUGCGGAGAUCGCCCGGGCCCGGCCGCGGGACCCGGCACGGAGCCGGGCAAGCUCGGGCUCGGGCUUCCCGGCCGCUACCGCUUCUUCCGCCAGUCGGUGGCCGGACUGGCGGAGCGGCUCCAGCGGCAGUUCGUGGUGCGGGCCCGGGGCGGUGCGGGCCCUUGCGGCCGCGCUGUCUUUCUGGCCUUCGGGCUGGGACUGGGCCUCAUCGAGGAGAAGCAAGCGGAGGGCCGGCGGGCCGCCUCAGCCUGUGAGGAGAUCCAGGCAAUUUUCACCCAGAAAAACAAGCUGCUCCCAGACCCGCUGGACACCAGACGCUGGCAGGGUUUCCGGCUGGAGGAGUACCUGAUCGGGCAGUCCAUUGGCAAGGGCUGCAGUGCCGCCGUCUAUGAGGCCACCAUGCCUGUGCUGCCCCGGGGCCUGGAGGAGGCAGAGCGCCUGGGCCAGCUUCUCCCAGGGAAGGGCCCAGACAUCCUUCCACGAGGAGAGGAGGAGGCGCCGGCCCCACGGGCCCCGGCCUUCCCCUUGGCCAUCAAGAUGAUGUGGAACAUCUCGGCAGGCUCAUCCAGUGAAGCCAUCUUUAGCACAAUGAGCCAGGAGCUGGUCCCAGCCAGUCGAGUGGCCUUGGCCGGGGAGUAUGGAGCGAUCAGUCACAGAAGGCCCAAGGGAGGUCCCAAGCAGCUGGCCCCGCACCCCAACAUCAUCCGGGUCUUCCGAGCCUUCACCUCGACGGUGCCGCUGCUGCCAGGGGCCCUGGUCGACUACCCGGACGUGCUGCCUCCGCGUCUUCACCCCGAAGGCCUGGGCCAUGGGCGGACUCUCUUCCUUGUCAUGAAGAACUACCCCUGUACCCUGCGCCAGUACCUUCGCGGGAACAGCCCGAGCCCCCGCCUGGCCACGCUGAUGACUCUGCAGCUCUUGGAAGGGGUGGAUCACCUGGUCCAGCAGGGCGUCUCGCACAGGGACCUGAAGUCUGACAACAUCCUUGUGGAACUGGACGCAGACGGCUGCCCCUGGUUGGUGAUCACAGACUUUGGCUGCUGCCUGGCUGAUGAGCGUGUCGGCCUGCAGUUGCCUUUCACCAGCUGGUAUGUGGACCGCGGCGGAAAUGGCUGCCUGAUGGCUCCCGAGGUGUCCACGGCCUGCCCCGGCCCCAGGGCAGUGAUCGACUACAGCAAGGCCGACACCUGGGCGGUGGGCGCGCUCGCCUAUGAAAUCUUCGGGCUCCCCAAUCCCUUUUACGGCCAGGGCAGGGCCCAUCUUGAAAGCCGAAGUUACCAGGAGGCUCAGCUGCCAGCAUUGCCCGAGCGGGUGCCGCGGGAUGUGAGGUGCCUGGUGAGGUCGCUGCUGCAGCGGGAGGCCUACAAGAGGCCAUCCGCCCGAGUGGCUGCUAACGUGCUUCAUUUAAGCCUCUGGGGUGAACACACGCUCGCCCCGAAGAACCUGAAACUAGACAAGAUGAUCAGCUGGCUCCUCCAGCAGUCGGCUGCCACUCUGCUGGCCAACAGGCUGACGGAGAAGAACUGUGUGGAAACAAAAAUGAAGAUGCUAUUUCUGGCCAACCUGGAGUAUGAAGCGCUGAGCCAGGCGGCCCUCCUCCUCGACUCCUGGAGGGCGGCCCCGAGACAGCUGCUGUAG